GGCCGCUGUGAGGCAGCUCAGCCCCGCCCCGCGCUUCCGGGCCUGCGCAGCGGUCUGCGGCCACGUGUGUCCGGGACCCCUAGAGCCGCCGCAAUGAAGCCGAGAAAAAAUAAAAAACGAGUUCCAAGCUUUCGCAAGUUGCUGAAAACUAGUAAAGUAAAACUUGACAACAAGUUAAAGAAUAAACAGUUUAAGCAGCAGAGCAUUGCUAAGAAAUAUCGAAAAGAGCAAAGAAAACUUAGGCAAGCUGUCAAAGAUGUUACAUCCAGAACAUCUGUUCCAUUGGAGGAAUUCAAGAAAAAACAUGCAGCUGAAAGAAAGGAGGAAGAGGAGGAAGAGGAAGCUCUUCCACUGGAUAUGAUGGAUGAAGAUGACAUGAAAUUAAUGGAAGAUUUAGCUCAAAAAGCAUCAUUUGUAACAAGAGACCUUUCUUCUAGUGAACCUGUUCAUGCUAAGAAACGAAAACAGGAAAGCGUGAUUGACAGAUAUGAGAAAAUGCCAAGGUGCAUGCAGACUGAGCCAGAAAAAGAACUUAUUCACCUGCUUCCUAUCAAAGAUAAAAGUGGCAUUAUUCCACAAACAAUGGAAAAGCCAGUCAUCAAUGUUGCACAGAAUGAAGAGGAGGAAGAUACAGAAGAAAUGGAGGUGGUAGAAGAAUCUAGUGAAGAACCCCAGCCGGUGCUCACUACAGAUGAACUGCUAAUUCAAAGGAGAAGGAAGCUGCAGGAGAAGAAGAUACACAUUGCAGCCUUAGCAGCUGCCAUUCUGUCUGACCCAGAAAACAGCAUAAAGAAGCUGAAAGAGUUGCGUGCCAUGCUAAUGGAACAAGACCCCAAUGUGGCUGUGAUUGUUCGGAAGCUGGUGAUGGUUUCUCUGAUGGAACUAUUCAAAGAUAUUACUCCUUCUUACAAAAUUCGGCCUCUGACUGAAGCAGAAAAACAUACCAAGGUUAGAAAAGAAACUCAGAAACUAAGGGAGUUUGAAGAAGGCCUUGUGAGCCAGUACAAGUUUUACCUGGAAAAUCUAGAACAAACAGUUAAAGACUGGAAGCAGAGGAAGCUGAAGAAAAGUAACGUGAUCUCGUUAAAAGCAUAUAAAGGUCUGGCAGAGAUUGCAGUCAAGUGUCUGUGUGAGCUUCUUGUGGUGCUGCCUCACUUCAAUUUCCACAAUAACAUCAUUGUCCUGAUUGUACCUCUCAUGAAUGACACAUCAAAAUUGAUUUCUGAAAUGUGUUGUGAAGCUGUAAAGAAGCUCUUUAAACAAGACAAACUGGGCUCUGUUUCUCUGGGUGUCGUUAAGGUGAUUUCUGGCCUUGUAAAGAGCAGAAAUUAUGAUGUUAGACCUGAGGUGCUAAAGAUAUUCCUUCAUCUACGAAUUAAAGAAGUAGAAGUAAAAAAAGACACAGAAGACAUUACUGCAAAGAAAAAGUUCAUGUCCUGUAAGGAGAAAAGGAAAAAUCUUUCAAGGAUGCAAAGAAAGUGGAAGAAAGCAGAAGAGAAGCUGGAACGAGAACUCCUGGAAGCAGAAGCCUCAGAGAGUAAAGAAAAAAAACUGAAACUGCACACAGAGACUCUGAAUAUUGUAUUUUUAACUUACUUCAGAAUACUGAAGAAAGUACAGAAAUCCCCUCUUUUGCCUGCGGUACUGGAAGGUCUUGCAAAGUUUGCUCAUCUCAUAAAUGUAGAAUUUUUUGAUGACCUGUUGGUUGUUCUACAUUCUCUCAUUGCAUCUGGGGAUCUAAGCUAUCGGGAGAGCCUUCAUUGCGUUCUCACUGCUUUUCAUAUUCUGUCUGGCCAAGGUGAUGUUCUUAACAUUGACCCUUCGAAGUUCUACAGUCACCUUUACAGGACACUAUUUAGGCUACAUGCAGGUGCUACGAAUGAUGACAUGGUGAUAGUGCUUCAGUGCCUGGAUGUAAUGCUUACCAAACGUAGGAAACAGGUUUCCCAGCAACGAGCCCUGGCUUUCAUAAAGCGACUUUCCACGCUUGCUCUCCAUGUCCUUCCAAAUUCCAGUGUUGGGAUCUUGGCAACCAACAGAAUAUUGAUGCAAACAUUCCCAAAAACAGACCUCCUGCUAGACAAUGAGGCUCAAGGUAGUGGACUUUAUCUCCCAGAACUGGAUGAGCCAGAGUGUUGCAAUGCUCAGAACACAGCUCUGUGGGAAUUACAUGCGCUACGGAGACACUAUCAUCCAACAGUGCAGAAAUUUGCAGAUCACCUUAUUGCUGGAGCUCCAGCUGAAGGUUCAGAAGCUCUCAGACCGGAUCUGAGCCGAAGGUCUGGCACAGAACUUUUUGAGACAUAUAAUAUGAAAGGAAUGACUUUUAAUCCUCCUGUAGCAUCUGUUACGCCUAGAAAAAAGGAUAAAUUUUUACAAGGGGAUUCAUUUCUAAAUGAAGAUUUAAAGGAAUUGAUUCAGACACAUCUCAAUGAUGCUGCUGUUCACCGACCCUUGGAUUUUGCUAAACACUUAAAGGAAUCAUCCCUAUCAUAAGUAUUACAACCCAGUAUAAUUGACUUCUUAAUUGGGGUGUGUGUGUGGGAAUAGCAGAAAGAAAUUGUUGCCCGUCAUCUUUACAGGAAUUCAGAUAAAGUCCUGCUAUGGAAAGAUAAAAAUGUAUGAUCCAUCGCUUAUGCACACAAAGUAAUAGCAGUGUUUUGCAGUUAACCAGAACCUAUUGGUUAACUAAGUAGGCUGCAUUCUCACAGGAACCAUACUGAACUGUAACAAAAGUAACUUCUGGAAGUAUAAAAGUCUGAAGGCAGGUGACUUCAAUAUUGCUUGAGAUGUAUAUUAUUGCAAUAUUUUUUGUUUACAUAAAUAUAUAUUUUGCAAGAGA